UUGGGAUGAAGCCGAGGAGGAGGAGGAUGCAAUGUGAUUGGCCAGGCGGGAGCUGCUAGUCCGGCUUGUGUUGGUCCGUGCGUCUUCUUGUUUACACCUGGCGGGCCGGAAGCAAGUCCAGAGUGCCUCCAGCAGACUCGGGCGUCCAGUCUGCUUCCAUCAGGGCUAUCUGACAACAUCUCUUAUCGUAGCGAGUAUUGUUUUUUUUAAGUUUUUUUUUUAACUCUUUUACCAGACAACUGCUUCAAACUUUUUGGUGACUUUUUGUGGCUGUUAUUAAGAUGUUAACACGAAAACUGCCUGGAUUACUGGCGACAUUUUGCUGUGAUAAAGUUUGAUACUGGAGGGAAAUUACACCAUACUGACACUUAAUGGUGGGAUCGGACUGUGUUUGAUAUUUUUCUGAUAGUUAUAUCGCUUUUCUGGACAAGAGACACUUACCUGUGUCUGCGCACACCCCCGAACGCUUGGCAGCAGCGUAGCGGGAAAAGAUGCUCUCUUUUCGAAUGCAGCGUGGACAAGCUUGCGGUCCCAUCGUGCUUCUGCUUCUGGUCGGGGGAUAUGUCGUGUGUGAUACCGAGAGCAGCGACUACAGUGAUGCCGAGGUCCUCCCGGACUCUUAUCCAUCAGCACCAGCAGAACCUCUCCCAGAAUUCCUGCUUGAACCAGAGGAUGCUUUUAUUGUGAAGAACAGGCCUGUUCAGCUUCGGUGCAGGGCGUCACCAGCUACUCAGAUCUACUUCAAGUGCAACGGGGAGUGGGUCAAUCAAAAUGACCAUGUCACCAGAGAGAGCUUGGACCAGGUCACAGGUCUAGUGGUGAGGGAGGUGGACAUCUCGGUGUCGAGGACCCAAGUUGAGGAGCUGUUUGGGCUGGAGGACUACUGGUGUCAAUGUGUAGCCUGGAGCUCGGCUGGAACCACCAAGAGCAACCGUGCCUACGUCCGCAUCGCAUACUUGAGGAAAAACUUCGAGCAGGAGCCACUGGGGCGGGAGAUACGACUGGAGCAGGAGGUCCUCCUGCAGUGUCGCCCCCCGGAGGGCAUGCCUGCUGCUGAGGUGGACUGGCUGAAGAACGAGGACACCAUUGACCCUUCACAGGACUCCAACUUUCUGAUCACCAUUGAUAACGAUCUGAUAAUCAAACAGGCCAGGCUCUCGGACACGGCCAACUAUACUUGCUUGGCUCGUAAUGUGGUGGCCAAAAGACGAAGCAGCACAGCGACUGUCAUUGUUUAUGUGAGCGGCGGAUGGUCCUCUUGGACGGAAUGGUCCGAGUGUAACACAAAGUGUGGGCGGGGCUGGCAGCGACGAACACGUAGCUGCACCAACCCUGCCCCCCUCAAUGGCGGCGCCUUCUGUGAAGGCCCACCCUUCCAGAGAGUGACUUGCACCACAUUGUGCCCAGUGGAUGGAGGCUGGACCGAAUGGGCGAAGUGGUCCGCCUGUAGCACAGAGUGUACCCAUUGGCGAAGCCGCGAGUGCCAGGCCCCAGCACCCAGGAAUGGAGGGAAGCACUGCAGCGGGAGCAUGAUGGAGAGUAAAAACUGCACUGACGGGCUGUGUGCACGCAAUAAAAAGGUUUCUAUUGAACAUGCAAGCCAUCCACCAGCGCCCGAUGUGGGUGUGGCAGUCUACGCUGGCCUAGUGGGGGCGCUCCUGCUGUGUGGGAUACUGGUCCUGUGCGUGGGCAUCCUGGCAUACCGCCGCAGAUGCAGCCAUCUCCACGGCGACAUCACUGACUCUUCUUCUGCUCUCACCGCUGCCUUUCACCCUGGCAACUACAAGCCUCCCAGACAGGAUAACCCCCACCCUCUGCAUCCAUCCGCCCCUCCUGACCUGACGGCUACAGCAGGGGCUUUUCGCAGCCCUCUGUUCUCCUUGCAGCAGGGGGUCAACGACAGCCACAAAAUCCCCAUGACCACCUCCCCGCUGUUAGACCCCUUGCCCAGUCUCAAAAUCAAGGUGUACAACUCCUCCACUCUUUCAUCACUGGAGAUCCCCGCGGACAUGUGCUCAGCAGACGGUGAGAUCCUCAGCCUGAAGUCUGUGGGCAGCACUGUGGGGAGGGAGCGACAGUUCCACAGCCACACGCUGUCCAGAGAGCCUGGCCUGAGCACCAGUGCCACCUUGGGCCACCUGGGGGGGCGUCUCACCAUCCCCAACACAGGUGUGAGUCUACUGGUCCCGCCUGGCACCAUCCCCCAGGGGAAGUUCUAUGAGAUGUACCUCAUCAUCAGCAAAUGGGAAAAAACUACGUUGCCGUCUGAGGGCAGUCAGACUGUGCUGAGUCCUGCAGUGAGCUGUGGUCCAUCUGCUUUGCUGCUCAAUCGCCCUGUUGUCCUUACCUUGCCCCACUGUGCCCAGUUAGACACGCCAACACCUGACUGGACACUCACGCUGAAGACACAGACCCAUCAGGGAGCAUGGGAGGAGGUGCUCACGGUGGGAGAGGAAAGUUUGUCGUCUCCAUGCUACUUGCAGCUGGAGGAGGAGUGUUGUCAUGUUCUUAUGGAGCAGCUGGGCACGUAUGGCCUGGUGGGUCAAUCCUGCCCUCCACAGCCUGCCUGCAAGCGCCUUCAGCUGGCUUUGUUUGCACCCAGAGCACCCUGCCUCUCCCUGGACUACAGCCUGCGCAUUUACUGCAUCCAUGACACACCUCAUGCAUUUAAGGAGGUACUGGAUUUAGAGCGGAGUCUAGGGGGCGUCUUACUGGAGGACCCCAAGCCGCUGCUGUUUAAAGACAGCUACCACAACUUGCGCCUGUCCAUCCACGACAUCCCUCACACUCACUGGAGAAGCAAACUACUGGCCAAGUACCAGGAGAUCCCUUUCUAUCACAUCUGGAGUGGCAGUCAGAGACCUCUGCACUGCACCUUCAGCCUGGAGAGAAGCAGCCUGGUCGUGUCACAGCUUUCCUGUAAAAUCUGCGUGCGACAAGUGGAAGGGGAAGGACAAAUCUUUCAGCUGCACACGGACAUCCAGGAGACCCUCCCCCCACACUCUCCCCACCCCUCUGCAGGCUCCUGCCUGCCGUCUUCUCAAGUAGGACCAUAUGCCUUCCGUCUGCCUGAGUCCAUCCGCCAGAAGAUCUGCGCCAGUUUGGACGCACCCAGCGCCCAAGGGUGUGACUGGAGACUACUGGCACGCAGUUUAGGCUUUGACAGGUAUUUGAACUACUUUGCAACAAAGCCCAGCCCCACAGGUGUCCUACUGGACUUGUGGGAAGCUUGUCACCAAGGUGACGCAGACCUGGUCUCUCUGGCGACGGCGCUGGAAGAGAUGGGGAAAAGCGAGGUGCUAGUUGUCAUGACGACAGAUGGGGAUUGUUGAUUGGCGGAGGAGCGGGAAGGCAAACAGGAGUGAAGAUAACGCACCUGCCUAUGAAUACCUAUGUACACGCAGAUGUCGCUUUAGUUGCUUGGACAUGUGCUCUAUUACCUCUUUUUCACUUCACCCACCCGCUUUUCAUAACUUGCAAAGCAGUUUCUCCCCUUACCGAGUCAGCAAGUGACCAUGUCGAUGUAUAGGAAACAAAAACAGAAUGUACGCACAAAGCGACAACGGCGAACGUGGGAUUACUGGCGUUUGAGCGGCAGCAUGGAGGCGCAUGAUUGAACGCCAUCUCACCUCGGGCCAGUCGCUUUUUUGUUUUCGUCGCCAAUGCAAAUCUCCAUUGUCGUCGUGGGCGGAAGCAACCCGCGUGCGACCGCCUCGGGCUGCAGACGCACUCAAAACACACGGACAAGGCGGUCAUUAAUCGGCUCGGAUUUGUCGCUGCAGACGAAUCAAACGAGGACGGAAGUGUUCUUUGGGCUGUGGGAGAAAGCCUCUGCGCUUAUCUCUCCGAGUCGAACCAACGACUCUUUCUAUUGGACUAACAAAACGCCUCAAAGCCUCGGCAUAUAUUCAUCAUUGCAACUUGCAGAAGGGGGGUGCCUCUCUGUAAUCUCCUUGAUGCUGCGCUCCCAUCGACUCUCACAACAAAUUGCAAGAGUUUUCUGGUCAUCCUUUAAAAGUUUCCUGCGGGGAACGCUCUUUUAAGUUAUUAUCCAUAUUGUGGAUUGUUUGUCAUUGCUGUCCUCUUUAAAGCCGGCCGUGGCGUACAUUUAACAACACAGCAGUCGCCGUUUUCUACUUUUAUGUGUUUGCAUUUCGGUGGAAAUCAUGACGGGGCUGAGUCGAUUAGUUACGCCUUGCAGAAGCAAGGCGGCAAGAGUGUAUAACUUUUACCUCAACGCAAAAUGUUUCAAUCUCGUCAUUGUAGCUCAUGAAGUCCCUGCCUGUUUGUGUUUUCCUAAUCUGCCUGCUUUGUGGUCAGGAUUCCUCGAGCUAUUUUCGUCAGCAGUGUUAGCGAGGAGGACAAAGAGCACACUCAAGUCUUCAUAUCUUUGAAAUCCCAAAAACCAAAACACUGGCAGUAUCACUCCUCCUCAGCAGCGAGUCAUGUUGCUGCUUUGUGUGAAUGAACUGGAAAUAAAAUGUGUGUGUGUGUGUGUGUGUGUGUGUGUGUUGGGGUGUGUGUGUGCUGCACAACUCUUGACAUCCUACCUUUAUUAUGUGGAGAUUUUGGCUGGGCCACAUUAGAAAAAAAACUUGCAUUACCCCAUUAGAUUGCUUGUGUGUGUGUGUGUGUGUGUGUGUGUGUGUGUGUGUGUGUGUGUGCGUGCAUCUUGGUAAGUGCUCUAUGCAAGUGCAAAAGAAAAAAAAAAAGCAUAUGGACUUCUUUUGCUUUCCUGGAAGAGUAAUUCUAUUUUUUCAAAUACGAGCAUAAAAGACAGGGUUUUUGAUUUUGUAUCAAACAAAAAACAAGAAUGCUUCACUUUUUUUCUGGAUGGAUUGAGGAUGACUAUUUAAAAAAAAAAAAAAAGCAUAAUAGGGUAAAAGUGUUGUACCUUGUGACGUUGUCAACACAACCAGUUCAGCACAGUGCAGGAAUGGAAGUGUGACCAGUAUUUAUUAUUGGAUCGUUCAAUGUAGCUCUGAUGUGGUUUUGCUGCAGAUGGACUGGACUCCUCCUCGAUUGCUCCCCUUCAAAAAGAAAUAAGCCUUUCUUUAAAUAAUAAUAAUAAUUUUUACAAAAAAAUUGUAAGAAAAGCAAAAGUAUUUCAGUGACAUUUUAUCUCUGUAAAGUACCAAUUGUAAAUAAAACAGCUAGCCUUCUUACCUGUAACUAAAUAUAAUUUUUAUGCAAUAAAUUAUAUUUCUUAGUUUAAAAAAAAGGAUUAUGUGUGGUUUGUUGUCAUUUAGUGAGUGUCUUUUUUUUCCCAGUACAAUGUUCCCUCACUCCAUCACGAUUCACCUUUUGUGGACUCGUUGUUUUGUGGAUUUUUUGUGCAAUUUUUGUGUUUUUUUUUAAAUAGUGUAUGAACGCUGUUACAGGCCGAGCCUGGCCCUUUAAGAAGAAUUGCAUUGUGGGAACCUGAGUGUUGUAGUUCUGUGCUUUAGCAUGAGGCAGCUGCGUCUAUAUUCGCUCCCAUUGUCAUCUGCGUCCUGAUUGGCUGUAGACCAUUGUCAAUCAAUCUCCUUCGUGCCAUCUCUACCGUGUGAGCUGCUUGCUAACCGCCAAUAAGGUAAACCAUAGAAGACACAGAAGAAGCUAACCAUGUAAGGAAAAUACAACAAGAGGACCAAUAUUUUUUUAUUUUUUGAUACAAAAACGCUACAGCCAAACGGCGCCAGUACGAAGAGGCACGGUACGGCCGCAACAGUAGCUUGUGUUAGGGAUUAUUGUACCUGUCUUCUGAAUGUUAUAUUUGUAUUUUAGUUCAUUUAGCCAUUUUUAUACUUGAAAAUGUUUAAUUUAGUCAAAAAAUGUAUGUAAAAUUUGCUAUUUUAUGACUAAUAGUAGGCCGUACUCAACCCCAAAACAGUGACUUGACACACAGCCAUUAUUGUCUAAGUAGCUGGCAACACAAGUGAGUCCACUUCACAGUGAACGUGUCCAAAUUGCGUCCAAAAUGUGAAUACUGUAUUUAGUGUGUGCAUCGUUGUUAUCGAGCACUGCCUGUCCUAACUGGGCAUGGAAUCCUCAUCCACGGCUCCAUGAUGACAUCACUGGUGGCGCUGGUGGAUGUUAGACACCUUCCAGUCCUCCACAUUCUUCUUCAGAUUGUUAGAGUUCAUGCUGGAGUUCAUUCUCAUGUUCCUCAAUGAACCGCAGCUCCCCUGUGCUGGGAACACUCAUGCAGCCCCAGACCAUGAUGCUGCCACCACCAUGCUUGGCUGUAGGCAAGACACGAUUAUCUUGUUGCUCACUUGUGUUGCUCGAUAUUUAGACAAUAUUGACGGUGAGUUGAGUUAUUUUCAGUGGAUAGCAGGGGUGUUUUUGCUUUACUUUUAACUUUACGAGAUUUUUACUUUACUUUUUAAAAAAAAGUAGAAUGAAAAAAUCUAAAACUACAUAUGACAAUAUAUGGAAAGCACACUUUGUGUAUGCUAGCGGCCUCGCCUCCACCCACCGAGACAGAGACUGCAUGACUGACAAAAGGGCUCACUAUGUUCAUGCGGUUGUUCUAUGGAAAGACGCACCAAGGUGCUGAAACCAAUGCCUUUUUGGAGGCGAGAAAUGAGGAAAACAGACACGCAUGCACAUGGCAAUAUGUUGAGGCCAGCAAAAUUAUUGAGUUCAUUUUCAUUUAUUGUGCGAUUAUGGUAAUUCAUUCAUUUAUUAUCGUCCCAGGUCUAGUACCCACUUUUUUUUCUGAAUGGGAAAUCUUGUCAUGUUUUAGCCUCAUAUUAAAUCUAUACUGCUAUACAAGCUGUACAAUGACUACUCUAAGGUAUAUUCAAGUUCAAUUUCUGUAAUAUUUUCCAUUGAGAAGGUACACAGUAAUCAACACGGUUGCGGCUAUACUGGAAAGAGUUCCAUUACUGGAAAGAAAAAAUACAUUACACACACACACUAGAUUUUCUCUUGUAUUUUAUUAAAUUAAUAUGCAAUUCGCACCUGAAGAAGCACAUUGAACAUUUUUAUUUGAUAUGUUAAAAUAAAAUCAUUUAGUGCCAAAGACGUAAACACAAUUGUACCCUGUCUCACACUGAAGACUCCAGUACUUUAAUAUAUAUUUAAAAAGUACACUGGUAUAUCAAUAUAGACAUAAAAUUUCAUCUCUUGUCUAGAAGUAAAAAAAAAAAAAAAAAUCACAAUGUACAAUUUCAUGGCAUCCUGCUGUUAAACUACUGAGUUUAAGUCUGCGUUAAAAAUUGAAGUCUGGAAAAGAGCAAGAACAUGGCCCUCCAAAUCUUGCCCUUUAACGCCCUCAACUGGUCAAUGUCGGAAGUACACGUACUUUUUCCAGUGGUUCUACGCUUCACUUUGGCAACAGAUGAACAAAAAUCAUUGAUGAUGAACAAUAUGCAUGUAUGUGGAUAUUAUACAUGGAUUUCACUGCUCGCACACUUACUGUACACUUUAGUGGAGAUGAAUAAAGUCUUAUGAUAGACGAGUGUUUAGAAAAUGUCGUGGAUUGAGACAUGUUUCCCUUAAAGCCAAUGAAAGAGACAUUUUAAUAGUAUGAUUAUAA